GCUCUGUGCGCGCGCGCGCGUUGGUCGAAGAGCUCUAGUAUUUCUGGAGAGUAGGCGGGCUCGGGCUGGUGCUCUGAUUCUAGACUAGGAAUGCACCAGAGGUCUCCCAGCAGCUCCUGGACUUCCUAAAGAUGGACAACUGGACGUGUGUGUAUAUGAUAGUGGCACUUCAACUGUCCGGGAGUUUCGCAUAUGACGGCUCUGGAUACUGGCCGUACACUGAUGAUGAAGAUGUGCGAUACACAGGUGCUCCAUGGUGUGCCCCAGUGAAGGUUAAACAUGGUCAUGUCAGCUGCCAGACACCACGCGGAGAACGUAAUAAGAAUGUUCUGGGAACUCGGUGCAAGAUCCGCUGUAAGACGGGCUACGAGAUGCACGGCAGCAGUGAGAUCCUCUGUAUGGCCAGCAAACAGUGGUCAGGAAACUACGCUUGCAGAGAAGUCCGCUGUCCUAAACUGGCCAUGCCAUCUAACGGAGGUUAUAAGUGUUCAGACGGAUCAUACUUCAACUCCCGCUGCCAGUUUUUCUGCUCAACGGGAUACACACUUCGAGGAGACCUCAGUGCCACCUGCCAAAGCAGCAGAACGUGGAGUGGGGGCAACAGUGUGUGUGUGGAUGUGGAUCCCCCAGUUAUUAAGUGUACUAAUAUAAAGGAGAAGACCGCUGAACCAGGGAAACUCACCGCCAAAGUGACAUGGGACACCCCAGAGGGCAAAGACACAGCAGAUGGCAUCCUAACAGAUGUUAUACUGAAAGGAAAGCCGUCAGGCUCGCACUUCCCAGAAGGGAAUCAUAAAUUAUCAUACACUGUGUUUGACCGUGCUGAGAACAAGGCGACCUGCAGGUUCAAUGUCCGAGUGAGAGUGCAUCGCUGUACUCCUCUCUCUGUCCCUGACAAUGGCUGGAUGAAAUGUGACAGCGCGGGUGAUAAUUACGGGGCCACGUGUGAGUUCCGCUGUCUGGGCGGCUAUGAGCUGAGGGGCAGCGCCGCCAGAGUCUGCCAGUUUAACAUGGAGUGGUCUGGCCUGGAGACGUCCUGUGCUCCCAUGAAUAUUAAUGUUGGUGUGCGGUCUGCUGCUGCAUUACUGGACCAGUUCUAUGAGAAACGUCGUAUUCUGAUAAUCUCCACCCCUUCAGCUGCCAAUCACUACUACAGAUUCCAAAUGACUAAUUUACAGCAAGCCCAGUGUGGUCUGGACUUGAGACAUGUGACAGUGAUUGAGUUGGUGGGGGUUUAUCCAGCUCAGAUCGGCCGCAUCAGACACAGACUCAUCCCUCCAGCACUAGCUCUACAGCUCAGGUUGCUGCUGCAGCUGUCUCAGAACUCAUUUAACAUGGUGCUGCUGGACAAACAGGGAGUGGAUAAGGAGCGCUACACUUUCCCCAUCACCGCAGCAGAAAUCUUUACCACCAUUGACACGUUUCCGCUCCGCACUGAGGAGGUCACACUACAGAAAGAGGCUGGACAGAGCUGCUAGAUAUAUAUACACAGUACACACAUUUACACAUCUGAUCCUACUGGGUAUAAAGCUACCAAACCACACAAGAGAGAGUCUGGUUAGUGCUACAUCUUAAUCACAUAUUGAAAACAUACACACAUCUCUAAACAUGAGUCUCUGUUUUUAGUCUUUUUUUAUGAUGCUCUACUCUGUUUUAUUUGCCCGGUGUCUCUAUUUAUGUCAGAGUGGACAGUUUACUUUUUUUUUUUUUUUAAUAUAUUAAAGCAAUAUUAUUGCAAUAUUUAAUGCAAAAAUGUUUGAUGAUUGACUUUGAGAGCAUGGGACUCCGCUUUCUUAAAAUGCCAGUCAUGUUUAUCUUGGUUCUCUGGUUUGUCAAAUAAAUAUACUCAAAUUGAAUUGAGUACAACGGAAGUAUGAUAAAUGUGUUUUCAAUUUAUUAUAUAUGGAAUAAUUUAUUAAAUGUCACAGUGGUGAAAAAGGGAGAAGGCUAACAUUAUUGGAAGUACUUUGGCAUAGUCAGUUUCUUAGAAGAAAUACAACAAUUUGAGAUUAAAUAAAAGGCUAAUAAACACAAGAUGAGUAGGGAAUGCCACAUUUUUAAAUAGAUUGAAACAGAAAAGUUAUUUUAAAUUGAAAUCAUAUUUGUACUGAAUUUUUGAUCAAAUAAAUACAGCUUUUACGAGCAUGAGACUUCUUUCAAAUAAUAUACAGUAUACUGUAUAUAAAUGUGUAUGUGUGUCUGCAUGUAUGUAGAAAGAGAGAGUAAUAUAGAACACUGCAAAUAAUGAUUAAGACGCGGAAGAAAAGAGUAAUGAAACAGCAACAGUUGUUUAAUUAUAGUUUAUUCUCUUUCUGAAGAUGAUAAAUUACAGUGCAGAACAGUCCUAAACACUGUCUUUCUGACGAGAGUGUGGAAACAGCACACAUACACUGAACAUGCUGUGAAUCAAACAGCUUCAGACUAUUUUAGACACUGUAACACUUGGAUGUCAAACAGUGAGCCUUAUACAUGCCAUAAAAUCUAAUUUGUUUAUACAGUAAGUUGUCUAUAAGGUCUAUUCACUUGACUGAUGCUAACAAAAGUAUUAUAGAUAUUAAGGACACAUUCAUGGAGACCUCACAGCGACACGAUGGCUCAAUAGCAUCGACUGGGGAAUUAUCUAUUAAACUCAGCUCAAAACUCAAUAUAGGGGCUCUAAGCAUUGUGCUUAUGCAGUAUGUGUGCAUAUGUAUGUGUGUGUGUUUUGUGAUCCUUUCCUGUAUUAAAAUCUAAUAUUUUCUAUUUCUACCCACUUUUAUGCUAUAAAUUCAAUUCAAAUCA